AUAAAGAGAUGUUGAACACUGGGAACUGUGGGCAUAGUUGAUGAUGAGAGAAAGGGUCCCUCCUCCCAAUACACUCAGAGAACACAUGCCCACCCGCUCGCUCAUUCACACCACUGCACUGAUCAACACGGGCUUCUGUGCAACCUGUUACUGCUAACGCGACAGGAAAAUAGUAUAACACUUAAUGCUUAGCAUCAUUUGGUUUUGUAAAAGAAAAAUAGUCGUUAAAUGAGAGCACUACUGUCACUCAGAAUCUGACGCGUGGAGCGCGACGGACGUGUAUUGAGUGUCAGCAGUAGUCUGUUGAUCUUUAUAUGAGUCGGGCAGCGGUGACAGCCGAACCCGCGUCAAAGACAUCAUAUGUUUGUAAGGACGGCGUUUUCGACAGAUUUCUCACGUACCCGGAGACCUCCAUCAUCGAGCCUGUGUAAUAAUUCCUCUGGACGUCGACUAAGCGGUUGCAUUCAUAGUGUGUGAAGCAAGCACUCAUGAAGAAGAAAUGUGUUUUUCUUACAAUUUGCUGAUAAGGACACGGCAGGUGUGAGUGGGGUUGUGGCAGCAACGCUGUAUCUGUGACCCUUGCCAAGAUGGUUUGCAGCGAACAGAGUUCUGGCACAUCAGUGCCCAAAAAGGAAACGCAGACCCGCAAGAAGCGGAAAUCCCGUCCUCAGGGUCUGCCUUCUCCAGCCCUCUGCUGCGCAUGUGGAUUGUGCAUUAUGUUGGCAGGCAUCAACAUCACCUUAGUGGGUGCCUUCGCCUUCAGCACGCUUGUGCCCUCUAGCAAUCCCCCAAUCAUCAUCGGCCCUAUACUCCUGCUGGUUGCAUUCUCCUUCUUCGGGGCUUGUUGCAUCUGCAGUCGCUUGCCUCCGCCUCAGAGCUCUCGUCGGUCCAAAGGAGGUGGUGGUUUGGGAUUCAUGGGUCGGGGCGGAGGUGGGUUGAGUGGAGGGGCAGCAUUUGAGAUUGAGACCAGUGAGCACACGAUGCAGGACACCACAGCUGUGCAACUUAGCCCCACCAACUCACCCUGCUCCUCUCACGCCUCCAGCCCUGAAAGAGAGGCUCCUGCUACUGCCGCCAACGCCACCGUUCCCGCCCCAGACUACGUCCCUCCACGAGCCUGCAAGCUCUUCACUAUGGAGGCCAAUGGACCCAACUCAGCAGCCUUUUCUGCUUCUACAGGGGGUGGAGGGGCAGUCCGGCUCACUUUGCCCUCAGACUGUGCCGCCACUUAAGGCUGCCAGUUUAGGUCGCUCCCUGGAGAAGGGCUGGUAUUACAUUAUGUAAAUACUUUUUCAGAGGGGAAGACAUGCACUUUGUGUGAAGAAUUCAUUUGAUUAUCACAGCUGGCUUGUGCCACGAGGUGCAAUAACAAUUAAAAAUAUUCGCAUAAAUUCAGCGGGUUGAUUUUUGGAGUCUGCGAGGGCCAUGCGCUCCUAAUAAAAAUGACAGAGGUAUGUGAGAAGCAUAUGAAGAGCUUUUGCAUUCCCUAAUGCUCCCAUAUCCAAAAGAGAGAGAGCCUUGAAAGGUGAAUCACUGUAGCGUGCUUCACAUAUUCAUACUGUGCCACUGUUACUCAGAGCAUUCACAGUUACUGCGCUCAAAAGAGACUGAAUCAGCUGUUGUGUAAAGAUGGCUUUGGAGACGAGCCUGAGAAACAGAACGGAGAAAGACAUAUCACUGUGCGUUGUCAUAUGUCAGUGCACAGACCAAAAAACAGAGAUGCUGUAUAUUUUCUCUUAAAUAUUUUCUCUUCAAUGCUAAAAUACAUUUGAGAGUAAACUGUCCUUUUUUUGAUGACUCUCCAUAGCCAACCUUUUUGGAUUUUGUCGAUAUUGGAUGCUUAAAUAAGCCACGACACUGUGCGAGAGUACUGCUUUUUUCACAUGAUUUAGAAAACGAGGUUGCUAAGCAGUGCCGUUGUUUGAGUUCAGGUUGACAAAUAAUUCAAAUGUAAUGAAGGGCGGAAUAAAAACUUUUCCCACAAUUAUAGUGCAAUUCGCCUGACACAGUGUGGUGAAAAUGCGCAUUUGAUGACUGAGCUGUACUUGUACUGUUUUGUGUUGAGAGUUGUGACUUAAUUAUUUAAUGAACCAACCAACAGCCCAUUUGUUUUCUGUAAAAAAGAAAGAAAGAAACUAGCCGCAAGCCUUCAGCCUUUAUUUUACACUGUGGUUUACAAUGCUGCCAAGUAAAACAUUAUUUCUUUCCCUUAAGAUUGCCAAAGGCUGUUUUCUCCUUCUAAUAUUCCUGUUCUGUUGUCCUCUGUUGUCAAUACCUGAAUUACAUCAACAGUACACUAACAUUCAUGUAUACUAUACAUCUGCUCACAGUGUUCCUCCCUAAAAUGUCUUUUCUUAUCUUACUGUCUCUGUGCCCCCGUUUUUUUUUUUUUUUUUUUUCCUUUGAAAGCAAGAGCCCGAAUUGUUCUCAAACAUGCCCUCCAUCACUGACCCACACUGAUGGCUGAAGCCAAACAGUGAAACAAUUUCCCCAUGUUGAUUCUACCAGAGAGGUCAGGUAAAAGCAGCUUUUGGUGGCUGAGCACACUGAAAAAGCAAAGGACAUUACCCGGUUAUACCUUUUUAAGAAUUAUAAAAGUAGCUAAUGUUCCUUUGUUAUCAUAAUAAUCAGUUCCAACCAGCAGAAAGGGCUGAUUUUUAAUGAAACAAUUCUGUACUUAGUGUUUUCUUUUAUUUUCUGAGUGCCAAUGCAUCUGUUAAUAUGUACUUUUAGCUGUUUAAUAUAGUGCAGCAUAUUUAUUAUAACUAUAUAGGUCAUGUGAUAAAUACUGAUGAAAGCGCAACAUGAACUGCGUGCUUACAAACAGUGCACUGUUGUCAUGGGAUUGUGAGCUUUCGAUAUAAGAAGUUUCAGUGAAAGAAGAGAAGUUGAAUUGGGGGCUGUGGAAACAUUGGCAUCUUUCUAUAAUGUUAGACUCUAUGAACUAUGUCCACCUCUGUUUGUAAGCUGCUAUUUGCCAUCUACACAUCUGCUGUAGUCUGAAUGAAACGAAUGCUGCCUUAAUGACAGUGAUCUCAGGAUCAAACCAGUGAGGGCUACUCAAAUGUCCAAUGAGGACAUUUGGUAAUGUGGUAUUAAUGUACUUAGGGAAAUGUUGUAUUGUUAAUUACUUUCUACCAUGUAUGUUUUUAAAAAGGUAUUUAAAUGAAAGGAAAUGUGAUGUCAUGUGAAAAGGUUUUGAUAAUUUGCAUUAUUGUUAUUAUUUUGGCAAUAGGCCAUGUUGAGUACAAUAAUGUAUAAAUGGUGACUUGUUUUAAGCAUUGUUGGCACUGAAAAUUUGAAUUGUGUCUUUUGUAAGUUGCUCACAUCAUAAUUAUCCACCAUUUAACUCCCACUCACAUAAUUCAUUUAGAAUUGUGUCCACACCUCUUUUUAUCUUUACAUGUUUGAACUAUUCUCUUUGUUCUUUUGAGUAUAUAUGUGGAAAAUAUUACAUUAGAUUAUGAAAAAAUAACUCUUGGCAUGUCAGAAUAAACAUUAAAAGCAACAUUCUUAA